ACUGUCAGCUGAGCUUAUCACUUUAUCGCUAACCCAACUUUUUUGGUCUGUGAUGUUUAUGUUUAGUAUGUUCGUUAAAAGUUUAGAAUAGCAAAACAAAUGGAAUUUACCCAAAAGAGAAGACACCCAGAAAAUAUUGUUGUUCGAUUAUUAAAUAGAGAAAGAUAUGGUUCCCGUAAAGCCGGCACCCAACUUCACACGGUGCGACAAUUUUACCAAAAUAUAUUUCCAAACUUUACAGUUAUUAAUGUUGAAAAACCUCCUUGUUUUUUACGAAAAUUUAGCCCUGAUGGAAAAUGUUUUAUAGCGUUUUCAGCCGAUCAAACUUCUUUAGAAGUUUAUAGUUAUCAAGGGCCAGCCGCAGCUGCUGAUUUACUUCAAAAUAUUGGAAAUUAUGAUACCUUAUCAAUUAGUAUUCAAAAUGAUAUUAAAAGUAGAAUUUUUGAGCGUUUCUUUAAGCAUUUAAUUAAUAUUACAACUACAGAGCAACUUAAUAGAGAAUGCAGUCUUUUUAGUGAUGAUGGUAGAUAUGUAAUUGUUGGAUCUGCUUCCUAUAUUCCAGAAGAAAUGAGACCAACCUUUUAUGAAAUUUAUACUAAUAAUGAAUCUGUAACGCCUACUAUACGGUCUCCACUGGAAGAUUAUACGCUACAUUUAGUUGACUUACAUUUAGGAAAACUCUGUGAUAUUAGAAAUUUUAAAAUAGAUAAAAUAUUCUUAUCCCAUAAUCAGGGACUUUAUUUAUAUAAGGAUACAUUAGCAGUUUUAUCUGUUCAACAUCAAAUGAUUCACAUUUUCCAAAUCUUAGAUGGAAUGUUUGUAGAUGUGAGAAAAAUUGGAAGAUUUUGUUAUGAAGAUGAUUUGUAUCUGUACAAUUCAGUAUAUCCAAGUGAAGCUGCAUUUAAAGAUGUUUAUAUAAAUUCCUUGAAGCACAGGCUUUUAACAUUCUUAUAUAAAAGAGCCUCAAAUAUAAGCGAAUCUACUGGUGAUCCAACAGAGUUACGAAAAUUUUAUCUACAUUUCGAUAAUUUUAAUUCAUUAAAAAUGUGGAAAAUGCAGCUUUUAGAUGAAAAUCAUCUAUUGAUAAAGUAUGCUAGUGAAGAAAUUGUUACUUUAAAGCAGACUGAUGCAAACAGUAGUGAACCACAAUUUUUUAUUGUGUAUAAUAUUAACAGCAGUAAAGUGAUUGCAGUUUAUGAAAACAGCUCAAAAGAAUUAGUAAACUUGUAUGAGAAUUUCUGCGAUUCAUUUAGGAAUGCAUGUCUCUAUAGCUGAAGUUA